GGGUGGCUGGGCACUGGCACAGGCUCCCCGGGGAAGUGGGCACAGCACCAGCCUGACAGAGCCCAAGAAGCAUUUGGACAACGCUCUCAGGCCCCUGGUGUGACUCUCGGGGGUGGUGCUGUGCAGGGCCAGGAACUGGACUCGAUGAUGCCUGCGAGUCCCUUCCACCUCAGGCCAUCCCGUGACUCUGCGAGGGCGCUCCCGGCGCGCAGCCACACGCAGAGCUCCGCCUGCGCCGCUCGGGGCCCGCAGCCGCCCCAGAGCCCCUCAGGCACCGAGCCCCGCCCACCGAGCACGCGCCGCCGCCGUCCCGCUCCCCCGCUCGGUCACGUGCCCUGCGCCAUGGCCGGCGCGCGGGGCGACGAUGGCGGGGACGGGAGUGGGGACGGGAGCGGGAGUGGUGGGAGCGUGCUCCUCGUCCGUUCGUACAUCUGCUCCUUCCCCGGCUGCGACGCCACCUUCAACAAGGCCUGGCGGCUGUCCGCCCACCUCUGCCGGCACACGGGCGAGAGGCCGUAUGUUUGCGAUUAUGAAGGCUGCGGCAAAGGGUUCACCAGGGACUUCCACCGCGCCCGGCACCUCCUCACGCACACCGGGGAAAAGCCGUUCGAGUGCACAACUGAUGGGUGCAAUGAGAAAUUUGGAACAAAAUCAAACAUGAAGAAGCACAUUGAGCGCAAGCAUCAGAAUCAGCAAAAGCAAUAUGUGUGUGACUUUGAAGGCUGUAACAAGUCUUUCAAGAAGCAUCAACAACUUAAAGUUCAUCAGUGUCACCACACCAAUGAACCUCCCUUCAAAUGUAAUAAAGAAGGAUGUGGAAAGUGUUUCUCUACUCCAAGUCGACUAAAGAGGCAUGAGAAGAUACAUGAAGGCUAUGCAUGCAAGAAGGAAAACUGCUCAUAUAUCGGAAAAACUUGGACAGAGCUUCUGAAACAUAAUAAAGUCAGUCAUGCAGAGCCAAUAGUCUGCAGUGAAUGUAACAAAACUUUUAAACGGAAGGAUUACCUCAAGCAGCAUCAAAAGACACAUGCUGUGGAGAGGGAAGUCUGCCGCUGCCCCAGAGAAGGAUGUGGAAGAACGUACACAACUUUAUUUAACCUUCAAAGCCAUAUCCUCUCUUUCCAUGAGGAGAAAAAACCUUUCUCUUGUGAUUAUCCAGGCUGUGGAAAAGUAUUUGCAAUGAAGAGCCUAGCAAGGCAUGCAGUUGUACAUGAUCCUGAAAAGAGAAAGCUGAACUUGAAAGCAAAGCGUUCUCGUCCCAAGAGGAGCUUAGCCUCUCGUCUCAGUGGCUACAUUCCUCCUAAAAUGCAGCCAGGAAAGGAUGAGGCUGUGAUGGAAAGCAAGACAGCAGAUAAGCUCGUGGAAAAUGGAAUACCAGCUGUUGAAAUUCAGACUCUGUAGCAAACAUUAAGCAAGUCAGUGUUCUUCAUGGAAUGACCAGUGCAAAGCUCAACAAUAACUUUAUCUAAAGUUCAUUUUUUAAAUUUUAUUUUUUAAAUAAAUAUAUAUUGUUUACACCA